UGCCUUCCCUUUAAAGCAUGGAGGAAACUCGGAGAGACGGGAGGCGGGCCAACCAGAUCCGCCCUCUCGCGGCAGAGCAGGGCAUCCUCAACAGAGCGGACGGCUCCGCUCGCUUCGUGCAGGGCAACACCUCCGUCCUCGCGGCCGUCUACGGGCCAGCCCCGGCCAAGUCGUUGAGGAUGGAGAGGUCAGAGGGUGCGACGUUAGAUGUGAGCUUCAAGCCGGAGAGCGGGAUAACGUCAUCCGCCGAUGCGGAAUCGGAGGCGCUGCUGCGGAGGUCGCUGGAGGAGGUGGUGCUAAGGUCGAGAUAUCCCAGGACCGUGGUGUCAGUUAUCAUCCAGGUGAUCGUUGACGACGGGGCUGUUCUGAGUGCCGCUCUGAACGCUGCCACGAUGGCCCUCCUCAACGCCGGGGUAGAGAUGACGGGCAUGGCCCUCUCGGUCACCUGCUGCAUCACCGCCACGGUCUCUGGCCGGUCCGUGCUCUUGGACCCAUGCAAGGCCGAGGAGAUUGAUGCCGCCGCCACCGCCGUCGUCGCCACUCUCUCCGCCGGUGGUGGAGUCCUGUCGUGCCACGCCGUCGGUUCGAUGAGCCAGGAGGAGUAUUUUGCGUGCUGCGAGGCGGCGUCGCUGGGCACGACGGCCGUGCGAUCGUUCGUGAGGCUAUCCGCAGAGCAGAAGGUCAACCGCGAAGCAGAAACUGUCAGAUGACGAUGGGAGCCUGAGCGUGAAUGCAGACUUUUGCAGCGUACUGUGCAAUCGAGGGCGCCUUCCUGCAUGUUGACUAUCGUCGCCGAAUCCACCUGACCGCUGCUUUCGCACGCGUGAAGAUGAACUUGCCGGGUAUGUACAUGGGCCAGCGUCACAGGCAUUCGCUCUACCAUUGUGGUGGCUGUGUAGCGCGUGUCACCCCGCGCUGGAAAGGUGUGACGUGGCGUUGAAAUCGAACGAGACUGCUGCGAGUGUUCGUUUGGGCUUACGAUGAAGGUUAGCGUGAAGAACCAAGUGUCAUGAUUCAAAAUCGUCGGUCGUCAUCCUCAAGCGAAUCAUUUUGGCUGUCGCACAACAGGUUUCAGGUUCACCCAUCGGGUUAGUAGUUCACGCAAUAGGUGCAGCUGAAUAAUGCUGUGUUGGUUAGUACUGGCUUGUUAUUGGCCUGCAACAGAUGACGAUCGGUUUCUUUCCAGCCCAGCUAACAACCAUAUUGGGCGUGCGCGUGUGAAAAUGCUGCUUUGCGAGGAGAGGGCAGGCCGCCACUUCGUUGCCCGAUUGCUGUACCAAUCCGCGACCGGCGAAGAAGGCCAUGAUGCAAAUGGUGGCGUAGCGUUGGUAUUGACAGUGGUUUUCCCUCAUCCAGCUGUACGACUCAGUAGUGAAGCCUGCUGCAUUCGGUUUUGGUGGGCCGGUUAACCACUAGAUGAGACUUUGGAAGAUUUUGCGGUUUGACAGCCUCCGGCCUAGUCGGUAGAGUCCUGCACGCCCUACUGUGCAUGAUAUGGUGCCCUGAGAGGCUUUGAUCAUCGCCAUUGGAGUCGGCUUGUCUCAAGGUGCAGCAACUUCCGUGUC